CUUUAAACAGUUUGGACAAGACAGUGUUCCUGCAAUAACUUUUUGAUGGCUUGUAAUCUUUUCACACCCAUUUUCUAUGGUAAUUAAUUAGAAAUAGUCAAUUAAGGUCGCACGUGAAACUACUUUUACGCACAAGGAUGGGCUCGGAGAAGCCAAGUUUCCUGUCCCAACCAGUGGUUAAGAAUAUUUUCAUGUUCCGCAAUGGUGACCCGUACUACGAAGCCCGUAGACUUGUGAUUAAUCAGAAGAGAGUGUCCAACUUUGAGACCUUGCUGAGGGAGGUAACAGGAGGCAUCCAGGCGCCGUUUGGAGCGGUGAGGAACAUAUACACCCCACGUGGAGGACACAAAGUCGACUCCCUGGACAACAUCCAGAGUGGGGAGCAGUACGUCGCUGGUGGAAGAGAAAAAUUCAAAAAGUUAGAUUAUCUACAGAUCAGCUCCAGAAAAAGAAGGAUGUUGCAGUCUCUUCCACUGCAGGCCAAACCACUGCCACCAAAUCGGAUUUCUGUGUCUGCAAGGUUCUUGAAACCAAUAAAAGAGCCGUGUCCAAUAUUUGUGGUGGCAAACGGGGACACUCUGAAUCCAGCGAUAAGGCUGCUUAUCCACCAGAGGAUGUUGAGCCAGUUUGAGAGAAUAUUAGAGAUGAUCUCAGAGAAGAUGGGUUUGAGAGUCCUUGGUGGUGCGAGAAGUCUUUACACUUAUGAAGGCCAGCAGGUGACUGAUGGCACACAGCUGGAGAGUGGUCAGCUCUAUGUGGCCGUGGGCAGAGAGAGAUUUAAGAAGCUCUCCUACACUGACCUGCUUUUCAGCAAACCUCGGGGAGCAUGGCGGGUCAAUGGUUUGAAAAUGGGCCAACUGCCGCCACUCUACAGAUCACCAAAGCAAAAUGGAAAUAGAAAGUCAGUGGUCCGGAGCACUGACAGUGGAAAUGGUGAGACAAAGGCCUCGCCUCCAAACCACAGCGGCACCAAUGGGGAACACCUCUCCUCGAUCGUCAGAGAGAUAUCCCGGGCUAGACUCCUCUCUCUUCGGUUGAAAAGGAGUGGACAGAGCAUGACCCUCUGUGACAAUGAUGAUUUGGAUUCAAAAACCGAUGAUGGAAAUGCUGAUGUUAAAUCUCUGGACCAGCCAAAUGAAGAGGACCUUGCACCAGAUGUUGUCAAAUCACCAGAGGAGAAUAACAAAAAGGCUGAAGAAAAGGAGGUUUCUACUGAAAAUACCUUUGAAAUGAACACUUCCUAUAGCCAAGAGGAAAAGAACGAUAAAGAGACAAAAAGCCCAACAAAAGGUGUAGAAGGGGAAAAUGAAGAAGCAAAUGAUGAAAAUAAGGGAGAAUCAACUGCAGUGCCUGAAGAGCAGGCUGAGGUUGUAAAAGAAGAAAAGGAUGUGGGAGUGGAUGAAAGGAAGAGCGCUUCAGAUGAGAGUACGUCAACACUAGAUGAGAGUUGUAAGCCUCUAGCUGACAGUAAGACGACAAAUGCAAUUGAGAACGGGGAAAAUAAUGCAGAUGUGAGUGAGGUUGCAGCAAAUAUUUGUAAGAAUGUUUCAGAUGGGCAGAAGGAAAUUCUCGAUGAGUCAACGGAGGAAAUGGUGAGUGAGAGUAAGGAUGAAGGUAAAAUGAAGUGUAAGGAUGAUAGUAAGGAUGAAGGUAAAAAAGAGUGUAAGGAUGAUGUUGAUGAGGCUGCCAGUGAGCGUACAUUUCAGAAUGCCAAUGACAUAACAGACAAUGCUACAGAUAAAGUUUCAGAUGAGAGUAAGGAUGAAGGUAAAAAAGAGUGUAAGGAUGAUGUUGAUAAGGCUGCCAGUGAGCGGAAACUUAAGUAUGCCAAUGACAUAAGGAAUGAUGCUACAGAUAAAGUUUCAGAUGAGAGUAAGGAUGAAGGUAAAAAAGAGUGUAAGGAUGUUGAUGAGGCUGCCAGUGAGCGUAAACUUAAGUAUGCCAAUGACAUAAGGAAUGAUGCUACAGAUAAAGUUUCAGAUGAGAGUAAGGCUGAAGUUGAAAAUGAGUUUGCUGAAGUAAGAAAAAAAGAGGGUACCAUUGAAAGUAAGGAUGAAGAUGUAACUGAAUUUGCCAAUGAGAGUAAGCAUAUUGAGACCAGUGGCAGUAUAAAGGAGUUUAAAGAUAAGGGGUCAGAUGAGAUUAAGAAGGACAUUUUCGAUGAAGUUUCUGAUAAGAAAAAGAAUGAGGACUCAAAUGACAAUAAAGACGAGUUGGUAAAUGAAGUUUCCAGUGAAAGUAAGAAUGAGGUUUCUAAUGAGAUUAGGGAUGCACUCUUGAAUGAAAAUAAGGAUUUGAUUGCCCAUGAGACUAAGGACAAAACUCCAGAUGACAAUUUGUCUGUUACAAAGAACUGGGCAUUUUAAAAACAAAAAAUAAUUAGAGAAACUUAGGUCAAAUUGAGGGAAAUAAUACCAAAGGGUGGAAAAGAUAUGUGGUAAUUACCAGAGAAGGAAAACCAAUG